GGUAUAGCUAAAGAACUUGUGGGAGAGAGCUAGUAGCGCCUUUCUUGCCGUUCGCAUUGGCAUCGAUUGGCAUCUUUUCGGGUGUUCCGAAGCUCACAGGCGUUUGGAUGAUCGUCUUUCUAUCUAGAACUGACUCUCGCUUCAUGGGGUCUAGCUAAUGACAGCAAGAGCUUGACUUAUGGCCGGCACAGAACUCAUUUGCAUGGUGGCAUCAUUGCUCAGCUAAAUUUUACCAAGUUGUAAGCACCAAAGCAGCAGCCUUGUACGGAAAAUAAGUAGCUCUGCUGGAGCCCGCUAGCGUUCCUGUGUCAUCUGCUUGUUCUGCAGCAGUGUGAAAAGGUUCUGGUAGCGCCAAGCAUGUCUCGACAACCUGCUCUGAGGGCUGCCGACUCUCAUGUUCAAAAUGAGGCCUACCUGGCAAGGCUGGGGGAGGCGAUGGCACAACUGGAGAUGGCAUGGAUCUCUGAGAAGCCAACUGCUGUUGCCCCCUGCUUGGAUACGCCAUCGUCAACUCAAGACAGGGAGUCGAAAUUGAGGCUCCUGAAGGGGAAGCUCAGACGGAGAAGCAGUGGGGGGGAGGCAGCCUCCGAGAGUGGGGCCGACAGCCAGGCUGAUGACAGUACUGGAUGCAAAGUCAGGGAAGAUCCAGAACCCUCAAAGGCUCGGUUAAGAAGUCGGUCGGAAAACGUACAGGACGGAUUACCCUCAAAAACCUGGUUAAGGAGUGGGUUAGAAAGUGGUACAGCCACUGGUAGGGAGCAGAAUGGGAGCUCAUCGGUUGUGGGGCAGCUUGCCAGGACGGACUCAGGGCCCAGACUAGUUGCCGAGACAAACAGGGCGCCUCGGAGAAGCGGCUCUGAGUUCGAUCUUAACGGGAGGCGGGUUAGCGGGGGUGCUACAAAGUCGGAACAAGACCUGAAACCUGGAUUGCAACCAGUGCCUCGUGACAGUUCUUCCCACUCAACUUCUCACUCUGGCAGAAACUCAGUUGUAAAGGGACCCGUCAUUUCUAAGCAACCAGAUUAUCAGAGCUUCCCAGCGAAGAAAGGUGCGAGGAGCGGUGUUUCAGCAGGAGCUUUGGAACAUGGUUUGGAAGGAACUCUAGCCGGCGACGAGCCGUCCACCAGUCAUGCAUCGCUCUGUCCCGGUCCCCAUUCAUCCUGUCCGGGUGUGUCGGAUGACCAACGGUGGAACAAAGGCCCAAUGGACGAGGCGGGAAGAGUAACGAAGCUCUCCGAGCUACCGAUUCUGUGCAUGAGCGUACUGGGCAACGAGGCCGUCGUCGGCUCCUCGGACCACGCUGUGUACACGGUGGAUUUGGACACCGGACGAAAGAAACGGACGCUGUAUGGCAAGACUGCCGGCCACACGGAGUGGGUCACCUGCGUCACGCACCUGCCGGAUGGGCGUAUCCUCAGUGGCGGCAUGGACAACCGCCUUCUGCUCUGGUCGUCAUCAAGCGUGACGCACUGCGAACUCCCUGGCCACACAGCGUCGAUCUCAGCCGUUCAGUGCUCAUCGGACGGCAGCCUCGCGGUCUCCUCUUCUUACGACAAGACGCUCCGGGUUUGGGCGCUGCCCGGAGCUGACGCUCGCGGCGUGGGGCGGGGCAAGGGUUCAGGGUUUAAGGGUACUGCCACGUGUCUCGUGGGACACGUGGCGCCCGUUUUGGACUUCGCGUGGACGGCCGGGAAGGUCGUCAGCGGGGCGCGGGACGGGUGCGUCAUUUUGUGGGACAUCGGAGCAGCGGCUUCGUCCCGACAGCUGAAGCGCGCCCACGUGGGCCACGUGACGGCCCUCGUCUGGUCGGACGCCGGGGGCAGUCCGCAGUCCGAAGAGCGUACGAAUCUCUUUUUGACCGGCGGCCAAGACGGCUUCCUUAGGGCGUGGGACGGCCGCACGGACCGGGCAGUCGCUGAGGUGCCGGUACACGUGGCAGCCAGCGGGACCGGCGCCGUCAGCAGCAUCCGCGUGGCUGCUGACGUCAUCGUGACGGCCGGGGCGGACGGGAUGGUGCGCGUGCUGGACCCCCGGGCGUCCUUCCGUGUGCGGAACUCCUUGACGGGCCCCGGGGGCUUCCUCUACUCGCUCCACGUGGCAGGCCGGACGGCGUUCAGUGGCGGGGGCGACGGUUCAGUUUUGGUCCACGACAUCCUGGAUGGCCGGACACUUUACGGGCUGGGGGCGAUCAACAACGGAGCAGUGCGGUGCAUAGACACAGGUGACAGUAAGCUUGUUUGCGCGGGUGAUGAUGGCACCCUCAUCACAUACUGCUACUGA